GUAAUAACGGUGAAAUGGACAAUUUAGAUUUUGAGUCGAAGAAUUCCCCCCGGUUUUGAAAACCCAUCGACAGGCACGACGAAGAUCUCCGUCGCCGUCGCAGUCGCAGUCACCGUCACCGUCACUGUCGCCGGAAAGUGUCUUGUGAGUCUCUUGAUCAUUGCUUGGAAUCUUGCUGCAAGCUUCUAAAUCAUCGGUGAUGGUUUUCUGGGUUUCGAUGGAUUUUGUGUUAAACUGAACAAAUUUCGAGAUGGAGUUCUUGUUUGGCAGACUCUACUUACAUUUCCGCGUUUGUGAAUUGGAUUUCCGAACGACUUCUUCGUUUGUGUCGUGGGGUGGGCGCUUGUCGUGAAACCCUAACUCUGUUCCCACGAGACUUCGUAAGUUCAUUUAUGAAACUAGGGUUUGGAAAAUCAGUGUCGGAAUCGGAGUUUGAAUCGGAGUUACGAGUUACAAGCGAUGAAAGCGUGUAUCAUUAUGUGUUUCUGCACAAAUAUUUACUCGUCCUUUGAUUAUAAUCACAUAACAGAGGCUUCGUUUUUAUCUCCCUUUUGUAAAGCAGGAAUAUUUUUUCCAUGGAUUCAACUUCAGAUGAGGAGCCACAUCAUAACAAGAUGAAGUCUCCGCCAUUGCUGUCAUUGUUGUCGCUACCCGACGAGCUCGUCUUCAACUGCUUGGCACGUGUCUCCAAAUGGGACCACCCGGACGUCUCUCUCGUCUCCAAGACCUUUCGCUCUCACAUGGCUUCCCCUGAGCUCCACACUAUGCGUUCCCUCCUUGGCCGGAUUGAACAUUGGCUAGUCUGCGUACGCAUACCUUUCGAACCAGGCCCACGUUUGUUCGCUCUCCGCUCAACAACCGCUAAUCAUUUGGUCCAGAUCCCUUCGGCCCCUUUCGAGCUUCCGAAUUAUCCGUGCGUUGUCGCGUUGGGUUCAGAGAUUUACAAAACCCGUGGAAUAAUCGAUGACAAGAGCACCUCGAGUGUGUUUCUCUUUGACAGCCAAUCUCACACAUGGCGGUGCCUCCCCAACAUGCGGAUGCGCCGAAAGCUCUGCUUUGCUGGCGUGGUCGACAGGAAGAUAUAUGUGAUUGGAGGGUGUGGCAAAAGGUCCAUUUGUAUGGGAGAGAUGUUCGAUCCAAACAAGCAAACCUGGGGGCUAUCUCAAUUCAGUUCGUUGAGGCACAGUCUGGUUAUGUCGGAGCGGCCAAUGGUUGAUCCUCCGAGAUCGGAGAUUUGGUGUACUGAGAUUGCGUUGGUAAGGAGCAACAAAGAGGAGAUAUUGGGGAAAGUUCAAUGGUCUAAGGCUGUGUAUACGUUUGCCGAUCCAUGUUUUCGUCCUGACAUUUUGCAUUGUGUAGCCGUCACGGUUUGAUCGGCACAUGAAAACCGGCUUCGACCCUUUUUUAAAUUGAUCAUCAUAUGUUCAUGUUUCAAAUGUUCUUUUGAUCGUAUUGGUUUGCCACUACUACUGUUUAGGGCUGGGCAUUGCUACCAA